AUGGAUUUAGAUAUUUCAGCUAGUAUGUUAAAUGGGCUACUCUCAUUUUUAAAUGACUAUAGAAAUACUGGAUUUAAAUCUGCAAAAACAACUGCUAAAGAUUUGGCAGAGGCUAUAGGAGUUUCUGCUGAUUUUAAAAAAAUCCGUAUACGAAAUAAAAAAAAAACGUUUUCGUAUGAAACUCAAGAUGAACCAUCUAAAAAUGAGGAAACUAUUUUUUAUCAAGAUUAUUUUUUAACUAUUGUUGAUCAAGCUAUCGUUUCUAUGAAUAUGAGAUUUUCACAGCUUGAAACGUUUAAUAAUAAUUUUGGUUUUUUAUAUCGGAUUAGCAAAAUAAAAUUCAUGGAAAAAGAAGAGUUAAGAAAAUGUUGCCAUGAUCUACAAAACGGUCUAACUGAUGGUGAAUUAAAAGAUAUAGAUGGUUAUGAACUGUAUGAAGAAUUACUUAUUUUUUGUACUAUAAUUUCUGAAGAAACGACAGCUUUUCAAGCUCUUUCAGUACUAAAAAAAUGUUGUGGUUCUUUUCCAAAUAUUUCGAUAGCACUCCGAAUAAUACUCUCAAUUCCUGUAACAUCAGCUGGUGCGGAAAGGAGUUUUUCCAAAUUGAAAAUAAUUAAAAACUAUUUAAGGAGUACUUUAUCACAGUGCAAACUUACAAGCUUAGCUACUCUAUCGAUUGAACAAAAAAUUACCGACUCAUUAGAUUUUAGUGAGCUGAUUGCAAUUUUUGCUGCAGCCAAAGCUAGAAAAAAACAAUUUUGA